AUGGAAGCGCUUGGUCUUCUGAAAUUCUGGAGAAGUGUUGCUGCCCGAGCUGAGACGAAGGCGAGUCCGUUGAAUCAGCUCUCCAAAUCGUCGAAACUCGACCGGAGCAACCGUUUUUCCGUCAAUUGCAGAGUGGCGGACGCGCCGCCUGUGCCGGUUUUCACCAGAGAUAACAAUCUGAAAAGCAAAAUGAUGAAAGAAAACUUCGAUUAUGAGACCACUUCCGACGUCAGGUCGACGGAGAAAUUCGUACCCAAGUAUCUGAAAUUGAUUAAGCUGUUCUACGUGAAAGUCUCGAAUACGGUGAAAUCGACCGAUUCCGUAACUCCGGCGUCCUCUCCGGUGACCGCGCCAGUGAACUUAUCUCUGAGGAAAUUUUUCAAGGGGAGCAGGAUCGGAAGCUUUAAGAUUGUGACACGGAAUUUGGGUAAGAGUCGUUCCGCAUCGUCAGUGGCGACGGUAGGGGUUGUGUCGUUGUCGAUACGCCGGAGAGACGAUUCCUUGCUGGAACAGAACGAUGGAAUCUAA